UGAGCUGCAGACUGUGGACUCUCAGUAAACACUGGCAGUUAGUCAUUAACACACCAGAAACAGAGCGAACCAUCGUCCCUGUUCACGACCUCCUUUCUUCACAUAUCAUCUUAUCAACCUGCGUCAAUCUGGUUUAACUGAGGUCAUGUCCCGCCUCGUCCUCUGCGUGUCUGUCAUCAUCACUCUGUGGUCGGCAUCAGUGCUCAGUAUGUCAGUCUUCUCGGACGCUCCGGAGGCUCACAUGCUGCUCCGCUCUCGCCGGGCGAACUCCUUCCUGGAGGAGCUGAAACCCGCUUCGAUGGAGCGCGAAUGUGUGGAGGAAAAAUGUGACUUUGAAGAAGCACGAGAGAUUUUCCAAAGCAGGGAAGCGACACUGGAGUUCUGGACGGUGUACACAGAUGGGAACCAGUGUGCCGCCAACAUGUGUGUCCAUGGAACCUGUGUGGAUCUGUACCAAGCCUAUGCUUGCCGCUGUCAACCUGGAUACGAAGGCAAAUACUGCAACCAGCUUCAAACAGCCACAAACUGCUCGGUGGAUAAUGGCGGCUGUGACCAUGACUGUUGGGAGAGCAAGGACGGCCUGUCAAGGACCUGCAGCUGUGUGAGUGGAUAAGUACUAAACGACGACUCCAAGAAAUGUGGCCCGAAAGGUCCCUCGUCCUGUGGUCAGCUGCUGAUAGGCAGAUCGUCGUACACUGAACCGCAGGACGGCCUGAUGCCCUGGAUGGUGGGAGGGGAGGUGGGGAAGAAGGGAGAGAGUCCCUGGCAGGUGCUCUUACUGAAUGCCAGAGGGCGUUUUCACUGCGGAGGUGUCCUCAUCGAUAAGAACUGGGUCCUGACCGCCGCUCACUGCCUUGAAAACAACUUCAAAUUCAGCGUACGACUGGGUGAUUAUGAGCGUCACAGAGACGAAGGCACCGAGGUGACGCUGGGGGUCGUGGAGACCUUCAGACACCCCCACUACAACAGCAGGACGGUGGACAAUGACAUCGCCCUGCUGCGCCUGCAGUCCCCCGCCCCCUCCUCCCAGUACAUCGUCCCCGCUUGUCUGCCGGGACGCGAGAUGGCUGAGCGGGUGCUCCACCUAAACGGCACCAUCACCGUGGUGACCGGCUGGGGCAAAGAAGACCUGGACAGCACCAGGUUCAGCUCGGCGCUCAACGUCAUCAAAGUCCCGCUGGUCGAGCGGAGCAUCUGUUCCCAGCAGAUGUCCCACAAUAUCUCCAACAACGUGCUCUGCGCCGGGAUCCUUGGACAGAGGAUGGACGCCUGCGAGGGAGACAGCGGUGGACCGAUGGUCACUCUGUACCAAGACACCUGGUUCCUGAUCGGCCUGGUGUCCUGGGGCGAGGGCUGCGGCAGGGAGGACAAGCUGGGCAUCUACACCAAGGUGUCCAACUACAACGAGUGGAUCGACAAAGUGCGUGAGGACUGGGACAAAGGUCUAAUUCCACGAGAACCCCUGAGAGUCUGAACCACCUCGGCCCACAACAGUUGAUGAGUCUGGUCUGGUAAAGCCACAUUAAGACCUCAGUGCAGUAAAGAUGUUUAUAAAUAAACUGAUUGUGUCUCAACA